AACAUAACUAACGUUAAUCCAGUUCUGUUUCUCAAAGCACCAAGCCUCUUUCACUGUCUCUCACCCUCUAGCGAUUGCGUUUACAGAGUUUUUAGCGAAGACAAAAUGGAAGAGAUUGAAAAGGGCAUCAAAGGAGGCAGUGAGGAGAGAUGGAAAGGAGCUGUUGACAAUCUAACAGAGAUGACAUCAAAUCUUGAUUCUCUUCAAAAGUUACUUGUUAAAAAAGCUGUCUUUGUUGACGACGAAACCUUCUCCAAAGCCUCCCUCACUUCUGAACAAGCCCGCACUAUCAAGGUUCUUGAACAACGGGUAGAGACUUUGGAAAGGGGGCUUGAUGCUGCCAUCUCAGCUGCUGCUCGUGCUCGUGCUGAAAAGCGACAAGCAGAGGCAGCACAAAAGGCUGCUGAAUUACGUGCACAAGAGAUAACAAGAGAACUCGAGAACACCACAAAGGUAUUUGAAUUGCACAUGGAAGAGUUGCGUGCAAAGCAAGACGAGAUUUCAAAGCGUGAUGGUGACAUUAAAAUUUUGGAAGCAAUAAUUCAGACGCUUGGUGGAAAGGAAUCCCAUUCUUUGAAUGGGAACCUAAGAAUGUGCCCUCUUUGAUCCAAACGUUCAUUUACUUUUCGGUGUCACUCGAGAAGACAAUUUCAAAAGGUAAUAGCAUCCUCUGGUUACUUGAUA